AUGGAUGGAACCAAUGGCAGCACCCAAACCCAUUUCAUCCUACUGGGAUUCUCUGACUAACCCCAUCUGGAGAGGAUCCUCUUUGUGGCCAUCCUGAUCGCAUACCUUCUGACCCUCGUAGGCAACACCACCAUCAUCCUGGUGUCCUGGCUGGAUCCCCACCUCCACACCCCCAUGUACUUCUUCCUCACCCACCUUUCCUUCCUGGACCUCAGUUUCACCACCAGCUCCAUCCCCCAGCUGCUCUACAACCUUAAUGGACAUGACAAGACCAUCAGCUACAUGGGCUGUGCCAUCCAGCUCUUCCUGUUCCUGGGUCUGGGUGGUGUGGAGUGCCUGCUCCUGGCCGUCAUGGCCUAUGACCGGUUUGUGGCUAUCUGCAAGCCCCUGCACUACAUGGUGAUCAUGAACCCCAGGCUCUGCCGGGGCUUGGUGUCAGUGGCCUGGGGCUGUGGGGUGGCCAACUCCUUGGCCAUGUCUCCUGUGACCCUGUGCUUACCCCGCUGUGGGCGCCAUGAGGUGGACCACUUCCUGUGUGAGAUGCCCGCCCUGAUCCGGAUGGCCUGCGUCAGCACUGUGGCCAUCGAAGCCACCGUCUUUGUCCUGGCGGUGGGUGUUGUGCUGUCCCCCUUGGUGUUUAUCCUGCUGUCUUACAGCCACAUUGUGAGGGCUGUGUUACAAAUUCGGUCAGCAUCAGGAAGGCAGAAGGCCUUCGGCACCUGCGGCUCCCAUCUCACUGUGGUCUCCCUUUUCUAUGGAGACAUCAUCUACAUGUACAUGCAACCAGGAGCCAGCUCCUCCCAGGACCAGGACAAGUUCCUCACACUCUUCUACAACAUUGUCACCCCCCUCCUCAAUCCUCUCAUCUAUACCCUCAGAAACAGAGAGGUGAAGGUGGCACUGGGAAGGUUGCUUCUGGGGAAGAGAGAGCUAGGAAAGGAGUAAGGGCAUCUCCACCUGACUUCACCUCCAUCCAGGGCCACUGGCAGCAUCUGGAACGGCUGAAUUCCAGCUGGUAUUAGACCGUGACUCCCAGCUUGCCUUUUUAUGGACUUUUGUGAGGCUGUUUCAGUUCUGACAUUAUGUGUUUUUGUUGUUGUUGCUUUUAAAAUUGAGACGGGGUCUCACUCUGUCACCUAGGGUGGAGUGCAGUGGUGCCACCAUAGCUCCUUCGACUAUUGGGCUUAAGCGAUCCUCCCCCACCUCAGCCUUCUAAGUAACUGGGACUACAGGGGUGCAUCACUGGCGGUGGGAAUUGUGGCUUUUCUGUCUUCUAUGGAGACGGGGUCUUGCUGUGUUGCCCAGGCUGGUCCCAAACUCCUGGCCUCAUGUGAUUCUCCUGCCAUGGCUUCCUAAAGUUCUGGGAUUACAGGUGUGAGUCACUGUGCCUGGCCAACAUUAUGUGCUUUAUGUGUGAAUUGUAUAACACAAAUCAUCCCAAAGACCCAUCAUGAUCUGUAAAGCAGCUGCAAAGAACGAAGUGAGACAAACAGUUGUAAAGAUGAGUUUCCAUCAACUUAUACCAGAGUGCAAAGAGGAAAUAACUCUUCUCAAUCAGA